AUGGAUUUUCAAUAUCAUUCUUUUGCUAAUGUGCAAGAUUCAGGGCAUGAUAACAAUGAGGGAGUCUCUCAGAAAGCCUCCAAAAGGCCCUCAAGAGGUCCAAGCUUUAAUCCAUACGAGGAUCAGCUGCUUGUCAGUGCUUGGUUGAACACUGGUUUGGAUCCUAUAACAGCAGCCGUAAAUUUAAGAAAUGAGAGUAGCAAGACUGAACUAGACAAGUUGGCAGAUGCAAAACAGUUGUAUGAAGCACAAGAGAGCUCUAAGUUCAAUCUUGAUCAUGCUUGGAUUUUGCUGAGGCAUCAACCAAAGUGGAUACAACUAAAUGAGGAGCUGAACAUUAAGACAAGUAAGAAGAAAUCAAAGCCUCAUAUCUCAUCAUCAAAACUUCAUAUCCCAACAUCUUCAGUUAGACCACCGGGUAAGAAAGCUGAGAAAAGAAAGUUGAAAGAAACAAGUGAUCAAAUGGAGUUAAUUCAAAAGCUGCUUCUAGAGAAAAAGAAAGAGAUGAAAAAAAAACUAGCAAUCAUGAAAGAUAAAUUUGAAGUUGAUAAAGAAAAAUUGAGAGUUAGAAAAGCUGAAGCUGAUAAUAGGAAGUUUGAAGCUGAGAUGAGAGUUAUGUCUAUGGAUACUUUCCUUAUGAAUUCUGAGCAACGGGCAUACUAUUCAAAAAUGCAAAUGAAAAUUUUGCAUGGAGAUUAA